AGCCGCGCAGCACUGCUCGCCCCGUGGAGUCCCGUGUGAAUGUCACUGUCCGCCGAUUCCACUGCCCACCACCAUCAGAAUAACCAUCCUGCCGAUCCGAUCAGCCGUGUGAACUCAGCAACUGCGUGGACCCAAUGACAACGAUGCACCGCCGCCUUUGUGGACCGAGGGAAUCUCUGAAAUCUGGAUGCAAGUGACAAGCGGCGCGGGGAAUCAAAGCACUCGAGAUAGAGACAGCACCUGCCAACGAAACGAAAACGAAAUCCUGACCAGCAACACGACGGGAUGAAGCUGCUGGGCAAAUACGUGGACAAGGGCAUGCAGGGAAAUGUGACCCUGAUGCCCGAGGAGUCGGAGGACAUGUGGCACGCCUACAAUUUGAUAGCCGAGGGCGACAGUGUACGCAGCACCACCAUUCGCAAGGUGCAGAAUGAGACGGCCACGGGCUCGUCCACCAGCAGUCGGGUGCGCACCACUCUAACCAUCGCCGUGGAGAGCAUCGACUUCGAUACGCAGGCCUGUGUGCUGCGGUUAAAGGGACGGAACAUCGAGGAGAACCAGUACGUCAAAAUGGGCGCCUAUCACACCCUCGACUUGGAGCUGAACCGCAAGUUCGAGCUGCGCAAACCGGAGUGGGACACCAUCGCCCUGGAGCGCAUCGAGAUGGCCUGCGAUCCCACACAGUCGGCGGAUGUGGCCGCCGUGGUGAUGCAGGAGGGACUGGCCCACGUAUGCCUGAUCACCGCCAGCAUGACGUUGGUGCGGAGCAAGAUCGAGGUCUCUAUUCCGCGCAAGCGUAAGGGCAGCGUCCAGCAGCACGAGAAGGGACUGGCCAAGUUCUACGAGCAGGUCAUGCAGAGCAUCCUGAGGCACGUCAAUUUCGAUGUGGUGAAGUGCGUGCUGAUUGCCUCGCCGGGAUUUGUGCGGGAUCAGUUUUACGACUACAUGUUCCAACAAGCAGUCAAGAUGGACUACAAGAUUCUAUUGGACAACAAGAGCAAGUUCAUGCUGGUGCACGCCUCGUCAGGAUUCAAGCACUCCCUGAAGGAGGUUCUCCAGGAUCCCGCCGUGCUGGCCAAGAUGUCCGACACCAAAGCUGCUGGCGAGGUCAAGGCCCUGGAACAAUUCUACAUGCUGCUGCAAUGUGAGCCAGCAAAGGCUUUCUACGGCAAGAAGCACGUCCUCCAAGCCGCCGAGUCCCAGGCCAUUGAAACGCUACUCAUCUCGGACAACCUCUUUCGAUGCCAAGACGUCAACCUUAGGAAGGAGUAUGUAAAUCUGGUUGAAUCGGUUCGGGAUGCCGGAGGCGAAGUGAAAAUCUUCUCCAGUAUGCACAUCUCAGGAGAACAACUUGCUCAACUGACUGGAAUUGCGGCCCUACUUCGUUUCCCGAUGCCAGAACUAGAAGAUAGCGAUGAUGAUGAUGACGAAGAGGGGGCGGCGGGCGGGGCGGAUAGCGAUAGCGACUAGGUUGAUAAAUAGGAUUUAGUCACAAUAGAAGCUUGAUGGAAUCUUGGCAUUUGUUAACGGAAAUAAUUGACUUAGGAACUCAACUAGCGAUCGAUAUACAAGUAGACUAAUAGGAACCACGACAGACUUGGACUGCGUCAGGGCAUAUACAAUAUACAUAGUGCUAAUUCGAUACGAUAUACACACAAAUAAUUCUAUAAGUUUUCCAGUGGCUGGGCCUAGAAAUUCUUAGUCAGAAUCCCACCAUUUUCUGGACUGAAAAGAGCCACUUAAAAAAUAAUGUUCUAUACCUUGUGUUCAUUGAAAUGGCCACAAUUAUUGAAAGCUUUGAUAAAAAAUGAUUUAUUGCUUGAUUUAUCCCUUUAAAGAAAUUGAGUUGCUGUUGACAGCCGCCUUUAUUGUAUCCCUCUCCCUAAGCACAUAAAUUUAUUGUUUAAUUAUUCUUAGAAUGCGAAAUAGAGUUUUCAAAAGUAUGCUUCCAAAAUAUAUUGGAUUUCAUUAUAUUUAAAUUUUAAUUGUUUAUAAAAUGUAUUUUAUGCAUCUUCAGAAGGGAACUAAAUCACUUAAUAUUGUUAAACCUUAAAGAAAUUGUAAUUAUAUUUAAACGCUGCAAACAUACAUUUAUGUUUAACUCUACUAGUUAAUACAGAAUGUAAUUAUUUUCCCAUGCUGUAAAAUAUAAAAUCCUUCCUAACAAUGUGUAAAAUAAAAAAAUUCACUUCAUUGAA